AUGAAAGUCAGCUGCCGCCACUACAGUGCACUUCGAACAGGGAGGCGGAAGCUCUGGCAUGUGACGUUCACCCCAUCUGCAACUGCCAACCAGCAGAAGACACCGUCAAUUGCGUCUGUGUCGACCAUAACGUCACUGAAAUCUUCACUGAUGUACGGCGAAGACUCCCAUACGAAGAUCAUGGAUUGCUUUCGAGAGUAUGGCCAACGGCCACACUCUCGAAAGCAAUCCAUGGUCUUCGUAUGGGAAGAUGCUAGAUGGCCACAAGAUGCUACAGUCCGCGCAAUCGUGUCCAGUCUGUCCACGGCAGAACUUCUUCUGACCAUCAAGGAAGACUUCGAUACCACCGAGAAGGAAGUCACAGACACGAUAUGCACGAUCAAGGACUCCACUAUCCAUGGCUGUUAUCACUGUGCACAGGGCGCAGUGGCAACCAUACUGUGUUACAGCGAAAAAGAGUACACGAUGGCAUCGAUAACCUGCGACGACGCCACCUUCACAGUGCCGUGUCAUCCAACAGGAGCAAUCUCGUCGCUCCGAUUCAGCUUUACACGAGCACAGAUACGUCAACAAUGUGUGACUACGUGUGGAACCACCAAAACGAAGUUCGAGCUCACUGGGAUUCUUUAUUGGACCCGAACGCUACGUACGACAGCAGAAAGAGUGAUCGCUGGACAGAGCACGGUCUACGACGAAUUCGUACUGCCAGAUUUAGGACAUAUUCUGGACGUGUUCAUAUCCUGGUACAAGUUUGGAAUCACGGUCGUGGUCAUUGCUCUUCUCAGCAUAGCUAUUGGCUACGUUUUUCUCUGGAGCUUCGGACUACGAAUUGUGCUCCACAUAAUAGUACUGUUGUGGAAGACGAUAUACCGUAGUAUACGGUACUGUGUCGAAGGAGUUUUACGCGUGCUGUUUCGACGACGUCGCCGAACACGCACCAGAAAGGACUUGUGA